AUGGCCGAUAUGACUGCCGUCGGUGACGAGAAGCUUUCUCCCAAUCACGACGACCUGCAACAGCCCGGUACUGCCCCCGACGCCCGCGGCACCAAGCGCAACCGCAUGAGCGCCGAGGACGAGGAUGACGACGACGACAAGCCUGGUCGUGAGCGCCGUAAGAUCGAGAUCAAAUUUAUCCAGGACAAGUCGCGUCGCCAUAUCACUUUCUCCAAACGCAAGGCCGGUAUCAUGAAGAAGGCCUACGAGCUGUCCGUCCUGACCGGCACCCAAGUGCUGCUGCUUGUUGUGUCGGAGACGGGCCUCGUCUACACCUUUACCACCCCUAAACUGCAGCCCCUGGUUACCAAGGCGGAGGGCAAGAACCUGAUUCAGGCCUGUCUGAAUGCGCCCGACCCAACUGCAAGCGAGAAUGGCGUGGAUGCCCCCGAGGUGCCGGCCGAAGCGCCCGAGGACGUGGCCCACGCUAAUGUCAAUGCGCCGCAGUCCAACAUGGCGCGCCCGGGCAUGCACCCAGGAUACAUGACGAACGAGCAGCAACAGCAGAUGGCCUACUACCAGAACCUCCAGCAACAACAGCAGGCCGGUGGCCAGUACCCUGGAAUGCCCGUUGGCAACCGCAUGCCGCCGCAGCACCAACCUACUGCUUAA